AUGUCCUAUGGUGCAGGUGUUACACAAGAUCCUUCAUCUGGUAUUGGUAACACAUAUCGAGAUCCUUUAGUUUUUUAUGAUCCUGAUUUAACUAGUGGAAAUACUCAAGGCACAGAUUUUGGUUUCGAUGAUUUAACAUUACCAUCACAAAGUCAUUUACCAUUAACGGAUAUUAAUCCAUCACAGCACCAUAGUUCGUUAUUUCCGUCUGAUGAUUUUAAUGGAAUAAAUAAUGUCAAUAAUAAUCCAAUUCAACAACGUGAUUUACCAUUUGAAGAUGAAGAAGAAGGUUUUUAUGAAAAAGAUUUACCAAAACAUGCUUGCGUAUAUUGUGGUAUUCAUGAUCCAGCUGCUGUUGUCAUGUGUAGUCAAACACGAAAAUGGUUUUGUAAUGGACGUGGUAAUACAUCAGGAAGUCAUAUAGUUAAUCAUCUUGUUCGAGCUAAAUGUAAAGAAGUAACAUUACAUAAAGAUGGUCCAUUAGGUGAAACACAAUUAGAAUGUUAUAAUUGUGGAUGUCGAAAUGUAUUUUUACUUGGUUUUAUACCAGCUAAAGCUGAUAGUGUUGUUGUUUUACUUUGUCGGCAACCAUGUGCAAGUCAAAGUGCACUUAAAGAUAUGAAUUGGGAUCCAAGUCAAUGGCAACCAUUAAUUCAAGAUCGAUGUUUUCUAACAUGGCUUGUUAAAAUUCCAUCUGAACAAGAACAAUUACGUGCACGACAAAUAACAGCACAAAUGAUAAAUCGUUUAGAAGAACUUUGGAAAGAAAAUCCAGAUGCAACAAUAAUGGAUCUUGAUAAACCAGGAAUUGAUGAAGAACCACAACAAUGUAGUUUAAGAUAUGAAGAUGCAUAUCAAUAUCAAAAUAUAUUUGGUCCAUUAGUUAAAAUGGAAGCUGAUGAUGAUAGAAAAUUAAAAGAAUCUCAAACACAAGAAAAUAUUUCUGUUCGAUGGGAUAUGGGUUUAAAUAAAAAACGUUUAGCUUAUUUUUGUUUACCAAAAGCAAAUGAAGAAAUGAGAUUAAUGCCAGGUGAUGAAUUACGUUUAAGAUAUGUUGGUGAUUUAUCCAAAUUAACUUGGUCAGGUGUUGGACAUGUUGUUAAAGUUCCAAAUAAUUAUGGAGAAGAAAUAGGCAUCGAACUGAAAAUAAGUCAAGGUUCACCAAUUGAAUAUAGUACAAAUUUUGUUGUUGAAUUUGUUUGGAAAUCAACUUCAUUUGAUCGAAUGCAAGCAGCAUUAAAAACAUUUGCUGUUGAUGAAAAUAGUGUGUCUGCUUAUUUAUAUCAUCGUUUAUUAGGUCAUGAACUUGAAGAUUUAGUUAUGAAAGUAACAUUACCAAAACGUUUUUCAGCACCAGGUUUACCAGAAUUAAAUCAUUCACAAGUUUAUGCUGUUAAAACAGUUCUUCAACGUCCAUUAAGUCUUAUUCAGGGUCCACCUGGAACAGGAAAAACUGUAACAUCAGCAACUAUUGUUUAUCAUCUUGUUAAACAAAACCAAGGACAAGUACUUGUAUGUGCACCAAGUAAUAUUGCUGUUGAUCAAUUAACAGAAAAAAUUCAUAAAACUGGCUUAAAAGUUGUUCGUUUAUGUGCAAAAAGUCGUGAAGCAUUAGAUUCACCUGUUUCAUUUUUAGCAUUACAUAAUCAAAUAAGAAAUCUUGAAAGUGAACCUGAAUUAAAAAAAUUACAACAAUUAAAAGAUGAAACUGGUGAAUUAUCAUCAGCUGAUGAAAAACGUUAUCGAACAUUAAAACGUAAAUGUGAAAGUGAUUUACUUCGAAAUGCUGAUGUUAUUUGUUGUACAUGUGUGGGUUCAGGUGAUCCACGUUUAUCACAUGGUUAUCAAUUUCGUUCAAUACUUAUUGAUGAAUCAACACAAGCAACAGAACCUGAAUGUAUGGUACCAGUUGUACUUGGUGCACGACAACUUAUUUUAGUUGGUGAUCAUUGUCAAUUAGGACCUGUUGUUAUGAGUAAAAAAGCAGCGAAAGCUGGACUUAGUCAAUCAUUAUUUGAACGUCUUGUUGUACUUGGUAUUCGUCCAAUUCGAUUACAAGUACAAUAUCGAAUGCACCCAGCAUUAUCAGCAUUUCCAUCGAAUAUUUUUUAUGAAGGAUCACUUCAAAAUGGUGUUACAGCAGCUGAACGUACAAUUAAAGGCUUAGAUUUUCCAUGGAUACAACCUGAUAAACCAAUGUUUUUUCAUUGUUCAUUAGGACAAGAAGAAAUUUCUAGUAGUGGUACAUCAUAUCUUAAUCGAACUGAAGCAAGUAUGGUUGAAAAAACUGCAACACGUUUACUUAAAGCUGGUAUUAAACCUGAACAAAUCGGUAUAAUAACACCAUAUGAAGGACAACGUGCUUUUAUUGUUCAACAUAUGCAAUAUAGUGGUUCAUUAAAUGAAAAACUUUAUCAAGAAAUUGAAGUUGCUAGUGUUGAUGCAUUUCAAGGACGUGAGAAAGAUUUUAUUAUAUUAUCAUGUGUACGUGCUAAUGAACAUCAAGGUAUUGGAUUUUUAAAUGAUCCACGACGACUUAAUGUUGCAUUAACUCGAGCAAAAUAUGGUAUUAUUAUAAUUGGUAAUCCAAAAGUUCUUUCACGUCAACCAUUAUGGAAUCAUUUAUUAACAUAUUAUAAAGAACAACAUGUACUUGUUGAAGGUCCAUUAAAUAAUCUUAGAGAAAGUGCUAUACAAUUUUCUAAACCAAAAAAACUUAUUAAUCCAACAAAUCCUGGUGGUCGAUUUAUGUCAAAUGCUAUGUUUUCUGCUAAAGAAGCAAUAAUUCCUGGUUCAGUCUAUGAUCGAACAACAACAAUGAAUGAUAAACGUCAAAUGACUGGAACAAUGUUUGCAAAUAAUUUCAAUUCAAAUUUUCGUGCUCAUGAUCCAUUAAGUUAUAUUGAUACGGCAGGAAUGAAUGGUGCAUCACAACAACUAUCUAAUGGACUUAAUUUACCAAUGCCACAUCAAAUGAUGAUGUCAUCAAUGCCAAUACCAUAUAUGAAUGGAUCUUCAUCAUUUAAUACAAUGAUGAAUGGUCGAUCAAUGAAUAAUCAAACAACAAAUGUUAAAACUGGAAAAGGAAGUGCGAUAAAAAUGAAGAGUUCAUUAAAACCUCCACGAUUUUCAAAAUCUGCCAAUGGCACAACUCAAUCACAGGUUUGUUAA